AGCAACACAUUGUCUUGUUCCUGCAGAGAAAAUCCACAGAGCAUCAGCAUGGUGUCUGCUGGGAGACAAAUUCUAGGUAUAGCCCUGGCCUUCAUCGGCUUCCUGGGCAGCAUCGUCAUCGUUGCUCUCCCCACCUGGAAAGUCACAGCCUUCAUCGGUGCCAACAUUGUCACGUCUCAGGUGAUCUGGGAGGGUUUGUGGAUGAACUGUGUGACACAAAGUACGGGUCAGAUGCAGUGCAAGGUCUACGAUUCUCUCCUGGCCUUACCUCGGGACCUGCAGGCCGCCAGGGCGCUCGUCAUCAUCGCCAUCAUCGCCGGAGUCUUUGGGGUCCUCCUUUCCAUAGCUGGAGGCAAGUGCACCAACUUUGUGAGUGAAGAAAGGCAAAAGUGCAAAGUGGCCAUCGCCGCUGGAAUUAUCUUCAUCGUUGCAGGACUCUUGGUGCUAAUCCCCGUCUGCUGGACCGCCAACACCAUCAUCCGGGAUUUCUACAACCCCUGCUUCGUUCUUAAACAGCUUCUAAAGCUCUUCAUCAUGGCCUCCAUGGGGAUGCAGAUGCUGGCCAGUGCGCUAUGCCUCCUGGGUUGGGCCGGAGUCAUCAUCAGCUGCCUGCUGCCUUUGUGGAGGGUCACGGCCUUUGUGGGCAGCACCAUCGUCACGUCACAGACGAUCUGGGAGGGCAUCUGGAUGACCUGUGUGGUCCAGAGCACGGGGCAGAUCCAGUGCAAGCCGUACGAGUCCCUCCUUGCUCUCACCCCUGACCUGCAGGCGGCCAGAGCUCUCACCGUCUUCGCCAUCACUACAGGGAGCAUCGGCCUCAUUCUGGCCUUCAUUGGAGGGAAGUGCACUCGCUUUUUGGAUGAGGAAGGGGGUGGAGUUAAAGGGAAGGUGGCGAUAGCAGCAGGGGCUGUGUUGAUCGCCACAGGGCUGCUGUGUUUGAUUCCUACGUCCUGGGCAGCCGGGGCCGUGGUCAGAAAGUUCUACAGCGCCUCCAUCGACGCUCAGCGCAGAGAGCUGGGUGCUUGCCUCUACAUCGGUUGGGGGGCGUCCAUCCUGCUCAUCCUCGGUGGGGGUUUGUUCAUCAGCUCAGCGUGUCCCAUCAAAGGCCACGACACAGACAAGAGCCCUUCUGUCCGCUACCUGGUGGUGCGCUCGUCCAACGGGUCCAGCCAGACAGGCCCUCAUCACAGCAGGGUGCCGAUGGGAAAGACUCAGCCUGUCGGAGCGGUGUUCCCCCGGUCCCAGAGCGCCGAGGGAGUGUCCACAAAGUCUCAGCUGUACACCAGGCCUCCCUGGGAGGACAAACCCGACCAAGAUUCCACCAGGUGGGAGUCAGAAAAGUCAUGGGCACCGUCCAGCAAGUCUCAGAUGAAGAGACCGGAGUCGACAAAAUCUGACAAAAGCGAGGCUUUGUCAACAAAGUCUCAGCUGAAAAAGGCAGAAGUGGAAGAGGGUUCAUCAGUCAAGAGUGACAAUGAGGACGCAACCCCAAACCCAGCAAGAACAUACCUAUAAAAUGUACUCACACAGUAGAUGUGAGAGAAGUUUUAUGUUACUUAUUGUGUACGUGCUUUACUGUAAAGUAGUUGAUGGUCUUGUGUUUAUACUUGGUGUUUUGACCGUGCCACUUUAUAUGCAGGGAAAAUGUUACAAUAUUACGUGCACUAAUCCAGGAGAAAGUGAAGUAUGUUACAGUUGUCUUGCUGAUUUAAAAAUGUUUGUUUUAAACGGGCCGUUACACUGAUACCGACUUUGUUUCCCCUCUCUCUUCAUAAUUCUACAUUAAGAAUUUUUACCUCAGACUUUUUUUAGCUUAUUUUUUUCUGUGAGAUAUGAAGUGACACGAAGCAGCAACUUCACGUGUGUUUCUACGAGGCAACAUUUGACCUUUCGUCACAUCAACUGUGAAAUAUGAUUUUAUAUUCUGUUUUGGCCAGACGUUAAACUUGACAGCUAUUUUGUACAUUCACUCUUUAAUAAAUGACUGCAAUUUGA